AUGGCGAUCUUCAAGAGAAUCAAGGGCCUGGAGGUGACGAUCAAGGUUAAUGGAGCAACAGCCAGAGAGUAUGACAAUCCUGAUGCCGUGCAGCAAGUGCCUAAAGACUUAAAAGAUUUUGACAUCGCGAACCCGGUAAUUGGCCGCACGAAGGCGCCCUACGUCUUGAAAUAUAUUGACGCCAAACUAGGCGCACUAUUCAGUUUGGGGGUCUACAAGUCGGCAAACUGCAAACCACGUAUUCACCAUAUUGUGGACACAGAUGAUUUGAAUCUCGGACUUCGUCACGACAUCAACAGGGGGACGACCUAG